GACAGGUCAAUAUAUCGACAAGUACAAAUUAUCGAAAAAAUAAGAUUACAUUUUAUAGUUUAACAUCGAUAUAAAGUGAACGGUAUUCUUUUGGAUACUGAAUGCUCUGUAAUAGCUUUGUAUACACAGAUAACGAUAAAAGAAAUAGUAAUUAUUUCGAUUUAGUACGAGUACAAACGAGGACAAGUACGAGUAUAUAUGUGCUGUUAAUAUCAAAAAAUCAGUCGGGAUUUCAAAACGGGUCAACAAGCUGAAUUUUUAUAAGGUAAUUAUUUUUAUAACAAUAUAUCAGUAUUUAUUAAAUAAUUAUUUUGAAAUAUAUAAUAUUUAAUUAAUAUAAGCACAAAAAUAUGUAAACAUCGACUUGAAAAGUUGAAACACUAGCUUUUUAAUAAAACUGUUAAUAAUUAUAGGUAUAAUAAUUUAAUAAAUUUAAUAAUUUAUAAGCUACAGUUAUCGGAAAAAAUGCUAUCCAAACUUAUAGGCACGAAUUCACGACGAUGCACAAAAUUGUGUGCGCGUUCUAUUUUUAUUGCGGUCUUAUCGUUACCAUCGUUGUCGUCCGUUAUAUACGUAAUACCUAAUCCGUCAUAAUGUUUUAUUAUUAUGAGAUAGGUAAUUGAUGAUAUACGAAUAAUAUAUUAAACCUAAUAAUAUUAAUAAUAUAUUACUGAUUUUUGCUUAAAUAACGUACAAAAAAAUUUUUAAGCAUUUUUCUAUUUUUUUUUUCUAUAGAAAAGUGGAUAUUUGUGAACUUAUACCGUCACAAAAAGGAAAAGAUAAACUUAAUGUUCACAGAUAUCUUUUCCUUCAAAAUCAACGCCGUAAAAAUACAUUUUAUUGGAGAUGCGAUCAACGUAUUUCCAUUCGUUGUAAAAGAUCAGCACAAACGGUUUUAGUAGAUGGAAAACAUUAUUUAUAUGGUCAAAAUAAUGACCACAAUCAUGCUCCCGAAGCCAGUAAACCAAAAAUUGCAAAAAUAUUAUCAACCUUAAAGCAGCAAGCUGGGACCUCAAGAGACAAACCAGCCCAGAUAAUUCAAAGUAUUUAUACUUCAAUGGACAUAAAUAAUGCCAAUCAAUGCCUUCAAAAGAUGCAAUGCGUCAACAAAUAAAGAGAGUGCGUAGAUAAAAUGUAAUGUCAGAACCUACGUCAUUGGAUUCGCUGUUUAUACCCGAAGAAUUAAAGCAUACAUUAAAUGGUGAACCUUUUCUUAUUAAUGAAUCUGAAAUUGGAAAUGAUAAGAUACUUUUAUUUACAACAUUAGCGAACCUCCGUAAGCUCGAAUUGGCAAAAUACUGGAUAAUGGAUGGAACAUUUAAAACAGUACCAACAAUAUUCCACCAAUUAUAUUCAGUUCAUGCUCCAGUUGGGCAUGAUACAAAUUCGCGAAUAUUACCUCUGGUUUUUGCUCUUUUGAGUAGUAAGUCUAAACAAUGUUAUGUUCGUAUGCUUCAAGAUCUACAAGACUAUGCAUCAGAAAAUAAUAUAGUUUUACAGCCUGACUAUAUUUUAACUGAUUUUGAACAAACAGCUAUUUGUGCAGUUAAACAAAAGUUCACAACUAGUCAAAGUCGAUUAUGUCUCUUUCAUUUGGGACAAAGUAUGUGGCGAAAAGUUCAGUCCGUUGGUCUUUCUAUUAAGUAUGGUGAAGACGAAGAAUUUAGUUUGCUAGUCCGUCAUUUGCUUGCUCUUGCUUUUUUACCACCAGAAAAAAUGCCAUCAGCAUUUACUGAAAUUAAAGAACAACUAGAAAUAGAAUCUGCACGGAAAAUCUUUUAAUGUGGUUUGAGGAUAACUAUGUUUUUGGUCGAGUUCGAAAAACACUACGGAAUGGCAACAUUAUUCGAGGAUUACCGUUAUUUUCACCAGAAUUGUGGUCUGUUUUUAAUCAGAAUAUUCCAAGAACGCAAAAUAAUAUUGAAGCCUGGCAUCGACGUUGGGAGUGUCUUGUUUGUGAAUCAAACGUAGGAGUAUAGGGGAGACUGGCUUAAUAUGACAUACCACUUUUUAAUUUAAAAAAAAAUUGAAGAAAUAAUGUUAGUUAACACAUGAAACUUGAGCAGCAUAUUUGUAUUUAUAUUAUACACAUAUUUCUGAAGUCUAAUUGUACAUUUAAUACAAACAAAUAAUUUUAAUUUACUUUUUUUUAAAUGUACCUACUAUGUCAUUUUACCCGAAGUGUCGGGUAAAAUGACAUACA